CUUGCCACCAGCUACAUCAUGACGGUCGUCCUCGGCCAUGCAGCCUCGCCACUGAUGAGCAUCAGUGACGUGGGAAAUGUCUUUCCCGAAAGCAUAUUAUUCAGAAUUGGAUUUAUAGGGACGUCCAUUGGCACUUUGGUACUAACCUUUCUUAUUUAUAAGUAUAUGGUUAUGCAUACUGAAGAGUUCAGGGGUCAUCAGGUCCUGAUCCAGAGGAUCCUGCUGGCCAUUGUGUGGGCCUCCUGUUUUUCCACAGCUGUUAUGCAUGUAUUGUCCCCCGAAGAAUAUCCCAGGAUACACUUUGUCAGCACGAUAAUUUCCAUUACAUGUGAAGCCUUAUACUACCUUGGGCAGUCCAUCCAGAUGUAUAAAUUACCAGGAGCAAAAAAAGUCAUCCACCAUAGUAGAUGCACCUGCUGUGGCCUGACUUUUGUCUGUGUAGUUUUCUAUUUUGGAUAUGAAACAUUAAAGGAAUUAUUCCAUAAUGAUGAAGACUGGGACGAGAUCCGUGAAAUCCCCAUCAUAAUCAUCGAGUGGGUGAUGCUUCUACUGAUCCUGAUAAACAUCGUGACCUAUUAUUCCACCAUGCAGAGGUUAUUGUUGACCGUCUCCAGAAACAGCUGCACACUCUCUCUUAGAGUAAAAAUUGAUGACUUCGGGGUGUAGACCACCACGGGGGCCAUCAAGUGGACUUCUGGGAGAGAUACUGCACAGGACACGGAAAA